GCGCCCAAUUCGGCUCUCGCCUUUGCUAGUGAGUCUUCAUAUGAAGUCUGGCCUGGGUUGUUGAUAAGGUUGGCAAGAAGAACAGAUCAGUUGGGGCCACAUUGAUGAACCAAGACUCUUCAAGGUCACACUCAAUAUUUAUGAUCACCAUUGAAACCAGCACAAGAGCACCAAAACCAGCUGAAGGAGGAGGAGAUAGUGGUCAUAUACGUGUUGGAAAGCUAAAUCUGGUUGACCUUGCAGGAAGUGAGCGGCAAAGCAAGACAGGGGCAACGGGGGAGCGUUUCAAGGAGCUUACCAAUAUCAACUGGUCCCUUUCAGCACUUGGAAAUGUUAUUUCGGCAUUGGUGGAUGGAAAGACUGGUCAUAUCCCCUACAGGGACUCUAAACUAACACGGUUGCUGCAAGAUUCUCUUGGAGGAAACACAAGGACAGUUAUGGUGGCAAAUGUGGGGCCAGCGGACUAUAAUUUUGAUGAGACGAUCAGCACUUUGCGGUAUGCAAACCGUGCAAAGAAUAUUAAGAACAAGCCAAGGAUCAACGAAGACCCGAAGGAUGCGAUGUUGCGUGAGUUUCAGGAGGAGAUUGCAAGUAGUGAUACGCUCAUAUUGGUACUGGGGGCGAGGUGUUCUCGGAGAACGAAUACAGCUGCAGUCAUCGUUGAUGAGCUUGAGGAGGAACGUUUUUGCACGCUGGAGUUGGAUGUUAAUGUUGGUGGAGGGGUCAGGGCAUUGUAGAGAUCGUAUUCGGUUCUGUUUGUAGAGGGUGAAGAAAUCGUAGAGGUGUGGUGAAAAGGCGGCGUGAUGAGUUGCGAGGAAGUCCUCCCACAAUAUUUGGGUGAUGAUGUGUUCGAUGUUGUCUUCGGUCAGUAACUGGAGCCAGUCAUCCCAUCUAUGAGGAGUAGAUGAUGAAGUGGCAGGGUGGGCAAUUGUGGAAGUGGCCAAAGGAAUGGGUUGGGGAUUUGUUGAAGGCAGGUGGGUAGUCGCGAGUGUUGUUGCGAGGUGGCGGGUGGAGGAGGCUGGAGGGGGUAGCAAAAUUUGUGUGAGGAUAUCGUCAUCGAGGCCAAUUUGUGAUAAAGCUGGCAACAAUGU